AUGAAUACGAAGCGCUACACAUUUGCGCGUGCGCUGGGCUCUGACAUCCUCGUGAACGGUCUUCGUCUAUUCUGGGUAACGCUUGUCAUAUGGGGUGAAUUUGGCGUGUUUUUCUACAGUCUUUCAAGUUGUAGAUGGCCAGACAAGCUAUUCCAUCGCCCGAAAUCAUCUCCCCGCGCAUCUCACAUCCUUCUUGUGGCUGAUCCCCAUGUUCUUCCGGAUACACAUUCUCGCGCCCACACUCUCGUGCAACGGUUUCGCGAUAUUCACCUCCGUAAAUCAUGGGCUGCCGUCCGACGGCUACGCCCACACACAAUUUUUUUUCUAGGGGACAUGCUGGCUAGUGGCGGGGCAAUCAAAGAUGACGACGAGUACGAGACGUAUGUACGCAAGUUUAAGAACACCUUCCCUGUCGACCCCGAUAUUGAGGUGAGGUAUCUGCCCGGAAACAGUGACGUAGGACUUGGGGAGAUCAACUCGUUUACAAAACACGUUCGAGAACGCUACAUGGACCACUUCGGUGCCCUAAAUCAAAGAAUAUCGGUUGCGAACUCCACCUUGGUUUUGCUAGACGCCCCUGGCCUCGUGAAUGAAGACUAUCUUCGUGCAGGCAGCGGUGUAUCAUUUGAUCACUGGACACCUCUCAAGGAUGGCCCGAUUGAAUUUGUCACGGCCGUUGCCACAGACCAUGAGCAAGGCCCGAUUAUUCUUUUUAGCCACAUUCCGCUACACCGUGCUGAAUCGCGUGCAUGUGGGCCUUUGAGGGAAAGAGGUACCAUCCGGCGCGGGGUAGGGCAUGGGUGGCAGAGUUCUCUGGGAAAGCAAACAUCUGUUUUUCUGCUUCAGAGUCUCAAGCCAGUCGUCAUUUUCAGUGCGGACGACAGAGAUUACUGCGAUAUCACGCACGUCAUAGCCUCCAAUGUGUCGUCGGCUUCGUCAAGCGCUCAACGCGCGGAAAUCCACGAAAUCACGGUCAAAUCUAUCUCCCUCGCACCUCAGAUUACCCGACCCGGCUUCCAACUCCUUUCCCUCCUUCCAAUGGAUCCCGACACGUCUACUGACGUACCAACAUUUGCGCAUACGCCAUGUUUUCUCCCAUCCGCGCAUCAUACAUAUACUGGCCUCUACAUUCCUUUUUCAUUUCUCACAAGCAUCGCUCUCCUU